CGCGACUGACACGCCACCUGUCGCGCGAACACGCCGCGUUCAUUGAAUAACCCGCCCGGACUGUUUUAUUGACGCAAGCGCACUGAGGCCCAACAAAGGGCCGAAAUAAGAACGGCUCGUAAGUGAAUCUGAUGUAUUUAUGUCAUAAAAAUGGUGAAAUCUGUGAAGUGGCGAGUAGAAAUUAGGAUAUUCGACGUGUCGAAUCAUGACCGAGGCAUCUGAAAAUGCCUAUUUGGUGCGGGUGCGAGCGCAGGUGAUGUGUCGCGACGAGGGCACGGGCGGCUGGGUGGCGCUCGGGGGCGGCGGGCUUGCUGAUGUUAUGGUGGGGAAGCGAGCCCGCGCCCAUAGGUCUUCAGCUGGGGGUGACAGCAAUGGCGACACGACUUCAUCAUCGGCUACCGCACCUACACACGAGUACUUCAUACACGGGAAGCGAAUCAGCGAUAAUAUGGUGGUUCUAGAAUGCACGAUAAAGAAAGAUUUCCAGUACAACAAGGUGAUGCCCACAUUCCACCACUGGGUGACGGAUGAGAAGCGCUUCGGUCUGACCUUUCAGACGGCGGCUGAUGCCAGGGCGUUCGACAAGGGCGUCAGAACGGCUAUCGAAGAGUUGUUAGACGGUUUGGGCGGGGCGUGGCCAUCACUUCACGCGUACAAAAAACACAACCCAGCACCGAAAGACGACGACGAAGAACAUAAUAUAUUCGAGUGUCUGAACCUGCCGUCGGAGUCCCGCUCGAGCUCGGAGAACUCGACAGCAUCCCGUGCGAGGCGCCGUCCUCCAGACGACAUCACCCAGACACCCAUACUGUCCGCCAUCACGCUGCCCCGACAUCCGCUCUCAGACUCGUUGAAGCAGUACGAAGCGCAGUACGACGAUAAGCUUCACGUGGAAGACUCAGAUCCUGAUCGCUGUCCCUACGUACAUCUGUCUGCAGUGCACGAGUACACGUACCCGGCGGUGGCCGCGGGCGUCAUCAGCUCGGAGAAGUCGUCCCCCAACACCAAGCCGCCGCUGCUCAAGCGAGACUCCGGCUCUAUAAAGAAGGGUGGGUACAGCAGUGCUCCGCCGCCACUGCCCGACAAGAAGCCGACCGAGACCUUUCAGGCUAGGAUCAAGUGCAGACAUUGUCACGAGUGGUACUUGGAAAGCGCCAACCGCGCGGGCGCCUGCGAGUUCGCGCCCGACUGCUUCCGCUCCUGCAUCGACUGCGUCUCCUGCAUCAAGUGUGCUCAGUGUAUGUUAUACCACUGCAUGUCGGACGCGGAGGGGGACUUCGCCAUGCAUCCUUGCGCCUGUGCACCGCCUGACGAUGCCUGCACUAAACGUUGGGUGGGCGUGUCGCUGCUGGCGCUGCUGGUGCCGUGCCUGUGCUGCUACGCGCCGCUGCGCUGCGUGCACCGCGCCGCCCGCGCCGCGCGCCUCGCCGGCGGCGAGCACGCGCCCGCGCCCGCCUAGCGCCCCGCCUGCCGCCCCGCCUGCCGCCGCCCACCGCACGCACACUGCUGAGGACAUCUACAGCGAGAUCAUUGUACCUAGUUGUGAUGCUCUAAACAUCUUCAAGAGUAAAAUGUACACAUCUGCAUUAUGAUUAUGAAGUUACCAAGUGGUAAUUGUGAUGCUGUUAACAUCUUGAGAAGUGAUGUGCUCUUAGUAACAUAAUCUUCACUUGAUGCUCAAAAAGGAAAGAAUGGUGUUAUAAAUGUGAACUUCACAUAAUAUGUAAUUUUAACUACAUAUGGCACUUGGAUCAGCGAGGAAAUUGUGCCAACUUGUGAUGCUCUAUCUUCAUAACCUAAUGCUAGAAAAAUAAGAAAUUGUGCAAAUGUGACCUGACCUGUACAAUGUAUUUUCAACUACAUAAUGAAUAAGCUAUGAAGUGAUGCUGACUGAUCUUGAUAACAUAUUAUGAUCUACUAUAAAAAAGGAAAAAUGUUGUUAAUGAGAACACAAGAAUUCUCGACAUCUUGAAAGAAGAAUUAUGUAAAUGUAACCACCUGCACAUAUUAUGUAUUGUCAGCUAUAACGUGAUCAAUGCUUGUCAAAUUAGAAAAAGAAAAACUUGUAUACAGGUGAUGAAAAUCUUGAUGAACACAAUAUGUGGUAACAAAAUGUUGAAAAGAAAAUCAUAAAUGUUAUCUUGAACAAAACUUAUCACAGUCGAGUUACACAGAUGAGGAUCGAACUCACAACUUCUCUAUGGGCAUCCCAACACCUUAACCACUGGGCUACCAAAGCAUCAUGUUUAAAAACAUUAAAAAAAGAGCAUCACACAAUAAAGAUGCAUUACAAAGAAUUGCAUAAAAACGCAGGUGUAUUAACAACUACAAAGUGGUCGGGCGUUCGGCACGCAGUGUACUGACAGACAAAAUUUAAUAUGAACACUUUGAAUUGGACACGAUUUCACCAAUGAUAGAUGGAAAUAUGAAGUUUGAAACGAUCGUAGAAAGAGUGAUAUUUCACUUUAAAGAAAGAGAGGAAGAUUGGUGGAUCAUGUGGAUUAUUUGUCAAAGGAAUGACUUGAAAGUCAGAUAAAACAUUGAUGUUUUGUUAAGAACGAAGAUUUUUUGAAGAUUUUGAAUAUCCGCAUGAACAUAAUAUUUCCGCCAAGAUGAGAUCGUUUUGAAAGAGAAAAAAGGAACUAUCAUGAUAUAAAUGCAUCAGAUAAAAUAAAAACAUAAGUUUAAAACAAUCACAUCGAACCGUUUAAAAAACCGUUAUAGAAACGCAUAACGUUUGAAAUAAUGGUUACCCGCUUUCAUUCAAAUAGUGAAACUUCGAUAAUAUUUCGCGGUAUUUUGAUAGAGAGCGCCAUUUUGGCCAAUAGCAUCCAUUUUAAGCAAUAAGUGUUAUUAAUAAAAAUGCACACAAGAAAAUCAUGCAUAAAUAAAAAAAAAACAAGUGAUUUAUUUCCAAUAGAUGUACGUAUUUUUAGAUCUGAAACACAUGUUAAACCUCUAUAGUAUUAAAUCUUUUUUUUUGUGAAGCAAGGAGUGGUAAAAGCCAGUGAGGCCAGUGUUGCAAGACAUUUUUCUAUGAUAGCAACACUGAACGUGAAGUGACAAUGUGGUUACCACAUGAAACAUUUUUUGGGGUGGCAACGUUUUUCUUUUUGCUUUUUUAUACCCAGUGUCAAGUUUAUAGUGUUGCUGUGUAUGGUGUUGCCACUGUAAGGACUUAUUCGGUGUUUAGCGAAAUAAUCGCACGAAUUGGCUUAUCAAUUCGCCAUGGUCUCGAUAUAACGUGUUGGGCUACAAUUCGCUUUUUUAAAUUUAAUUUCUACUCCCAGCACUGGUAUAUUAAAUCGUUAUAUUGUGCCAUAAAUAUGUAUGUUUUUUAAAAGAUCUGUUUCUUUACAAUUUCUGUCUUCCAUGACUUAACUUUGAUUUUAAAAAGUUGUUAUUUAAAAUGGUCGGAUUUGUUGAUUCGCGAUGAGUUGUUAUGUCGAGAAUAAUAUGCUAUUUCUAUUCUUUGAUGUAAUCAUAACAAAGUAUAUGAUAUACAAAAUGUUAACAUAUCCCAUUCAUUGUUAUAUAUUUAACAUUUUAACGCUUCUUUACUUGUCUAGCCUAAGUUUAAAUAACACAAACAUUCAUUUUAGUUCAAAUUCGAAAUGUUUCGUAUUUAAAACUUUAAUUUCUUGUCAUUAAAUUAUUUAAAUUUAGGCUAGAUUUUUUAAAAUAUUUGUACUAUAGAUUACGCAUUCUUUUUUAAUUAGAAUUAUUUGAAAAUACGGGUAGUAUUGUUACCUAGACAGUGGCAUUUUUAUUUCAAAGUUGUAAUUUUUUCUAUAAUUAUUAUUACAUAAAAAUUAAUGUGUAUUGUAAAUUUUAAUAUUCGUAAUGUCAUUGAAACAAAACGUCAUAUUUAUUAUUAGUGUUAAAGUAUAGUUGACAUUAAUCCGUUGGUUGAAAUUAAAUAUAAUAUCAAUGUUUCAAAUAAUUAUGUACGUUUACAAUAUAGUUUUAAGUAAAAAAAAAAGUUUUUUAUAAACUCACACAAACAUACAAACACAUUUUUUCACCGUACAAAACUAAUGUUGUCUAGUCUAUGGAUCAGUAUUUUUUCCAAAAUCAUUCACAUUCUAUUUUUGUUAGUUGAAUUCGAAAAAAUAAAAUGACCAAAAUGUUUUUGUAUAUUUAUAAAUAAGAAAAUAUUCGCGAAAAUGGUUCUGGUUACCUGUUUAUGAGGUGUCGCACUCAAAUCAAAUUCAAAAACACUUUUUGAAAAAGCAAUAUUUUAAAAACGAAUUAUAAAUAUAAAAUCUUCUAAGUUUUUGUAAGAUAAGAGGGCUCACUUAUGAAAAUUACAAAAGAUUUUAUAUUUCUAUUUGUGUUUGUGAUCUUUGGAUCGCAGGCACGAAUAUAAGUCAGGAUCGAAUUGUUUAAAUAAAUAUAAGUAAAGUCAGGUUUAGAAGUAAUACUGGUGUUUCCAGUGUUUCACCUCUUAACAGCAAAACGCCUGAACCUUUUUCGUAAAAAUUUGUUACUCCGUACAAGUGAAAAAUUUAAUAUUGUAUCAAAAUAAGUAAAUGUAUUCAAUGUUUAAUUAUAAUAAAAAUAAUGUAUUUUAACUGUUUUUUAACGUAAAUAAAACAUCAUAUUGGUCGAUAGAAAUCGAUCAAUAAUUUAGUUAAUAUGAAGAGACUUAACAAAUAUUUACUGUAGUAAAUUUUAAGAAUAAUUAUUAAAUGAAGUAUCUGUGUUUAGUGUCUCUAAGCGUAUUGGUAUCAAAUUUGAUUAAAAACCAAAGUUAUGUGUAAAAGAAGGCUUGUGCAUAAGCACGGCCUGAUAUGGUUGUUUAAAAAUGAUGAUAAAUGUAUUGAAAAAUAUGAAAUAAAUAAUCGUACAUAA